CCGAGGCCGCUAAUUAACCCCGGCUAAUUAACGCUGGGCGUUUCCCUCGGAGCUGCGCGGCACUGAGGGAUAACCCCCGGUGCCGCUGCCGCUCCCGGUGCCGCCCGGGCGGCUCCGCCCGCCGGGACCCGGAUGGGCCCGUACGUGACGCGGGGCCGCGGCCGCUCCCCCGGGCCGGAGCGGAGCCGCAGCCGCGGGCGGGCACCACCAGGAGGACUCUGCUCCUGUCAGCACAGCUCUGUUUCACUGCUCCCUGGGUGAACAGGUGAAGCCAGCCUAGAGAGGAACUUCACUCACCUUUUAAUGAACGUCAAAAAACAGGUUCAACUUCACUGCCACGGCCUCCUACCCAGCAGAGCUGCUCCCCAGAGCCAGAGGGAUGGUGGUAGUCACGGGGCAGAACAAAGUGAGUGCCACCCCGGAUGAUGCCAUGUCGAGCUCGGAUGCAGAGGAUGAUUUCCAAGAGCCGGCCACUCCCACCGCCACCCAGGCAGGACAAGCACUACCUCUGCUGCCUCAGCAGUUCCCAGAAGUUGUCCCACUGAACGUGGGGGGGAUGUUCUUCACCACCAGACUGUCCACGCUGCGCAGGUACGAGGACACCAUGCUGGCAGCCAUGUUCAGUGGCAGGCACUACAUCCCCACGGACGCUGAGGGCAGGUACUUCAUCGACAGGGAUGGCACCUACUUUGGAGACAUACUAAACUUCCUACGAUCUGGUGACCUGCCCCCCCGAGAGCGAGUGAGGUCAGUGUACAAGGAAGCUCAGUAUUAUUCCAUAGGACCCUUGCUAGACAAUCUAGAGGAUAUCCAGCCUCUUAAAGGAGAAAAAGUUAGACAAGCUUUCCUGGGCCUAAUGCCAUAUUACAAAGACCACUUGGAGCGGAUAAUCGAGAUAGCCAAGCUGCGAGCCAUGCAGAGGAAGGCCAGGUUUGCCAAGCUGAAGGUGUGCGUGUUCAAGGAGGAGAUGCCCAUCACUCCCUACGAGUGCCCCCACUUCAACUCUCUGCGCUUCGAGCGCAGCGAGAGCGAGACCAAGCUCUUUGAGCACCACUGCGAGGUGGACGUGUCCUUCGGGCCCUGGGAGGCCGUGGCUGAUGUCUACGACCUCCUGCACUGCAUUGUCACCGACCUGUCCGCCCGGGGCAUCACCGUGGACCACCAGUGCAUCGGCGUGUGCGACAAGCACCUCAUCAACCACUACUACUGCAAGCGCCCCAUCUACGAGUUCAAGAUCACCUGGUGGUGAGCUGGGCUGCCUGAGCAGGGCGUGAGGGGACUCCCAGAGGACAAAUGUUCUGCUGAAAUCGCCUGGUGGUGAGUGUGGUGGCACAGCCAGGGGUGAGAGGACUCCUAGAGGACAGAUGUUCUUGGCAGUUGCCUUGCUGCUCACCGGUUCCUUGGGAUCCUGCUGGCAGGGGUUGGGAAAACCUCUGGAAACUUGAAAAACCAGCCUGAAAUCAGACUGUUGGCUCAGGUACCUUAACGAGGCACAAAACAAAAUCACCUCACGGAAAGGAUGGAGGGGAGUGGCUGAACAUCUGCUAAAAGGUGCCACCAACCACGUGGCUUCAGGAUGGAAUUGCAGAUUUUUCCUGUGUUUUUGGGAAUCUGGGGUGCUACUAAAGCUGACGCUUCAGUUUUAUCCUCUUAGAAAUGUUUUAGUUCCUCCUUCAACUUUAUAAAAUUUCAGUCACACCCAGCACAAAGAUUCUGGAAAUGUCAUUUUGAUGUACUAGAUAAUUAAAAAAAAAAAAAGAAAAAAAAAA